UUAACUUCAUUUUUAAUUCCUUCAUUCAGCAAAAUCGACCGAGUACAAGUAACAAUCUAACAAUUUAAUAUUAAAACACUAUAAUGUGACAUAUUUAUUCUGCCAUGUGAUAUUAUUAAAGUACCAUACAAUUGUUAAUACUGGUCCAAUUUUAGCGAGUUGCGACUCGAUACCGAAUCAGUGCGAAAUGGAGAGUCGAUAUGGACAGUCACAAAACUUAGUGCACGGUGUAGAAGAGACUGAGACAGCUUCAGAUAACCUGCCCUCGUCUGGCACAGUGAUCGCACUUCUAGAUUCAACAUGUGGGCUCUAUGACUUGCCUUACCUCGGAGACCACACAUAUGCAGCAUCAGAAUUGACAACACCAGAAGAUGUGCAUGUCAAGGAGGAAGACUUUGCAAAUGAAUUGAAGCCUUCAGACAGUGAAGAGUGUGGCCUAAGUGAGACCAUGGAUACUAACGUAAAUGAAGUUAAUGAGGAGGUUGUGCUGGCUCGGAUAACUCCAUGUUUGGACAGUGAUGUAUGUAUUGUAAGCGAGGGAGUGCCAAACGGGUUAUACAACCAUGAAGUGAAAUAUGAGAACGAGUUAGAGACAGUUCCUUCACAGACAGCAUGUUUAAACAGUGCAGACCCCACUCUGCAGGCACUUGUGGAGGCAAUGCUGACCGGCCUGUGCAAUAAUGAAGUGAAAGAUGAGGUUGUGCCAGAGUCUACGCCUUCACAGACAGACAGUGAAGUGAGAGAGGCAGCCAUGUGUACUGACCUGUGCAACCAUGAAGUUAAGAAUGAGGUUGUGCCAGUGCUUCUGCGUUCACAAACUCCUUUGUGUUCAGACAGAUCAGACAUAGUCAAGGAUGAGGUUGUGCUGCCAGAGUCUACGUCUAUACAGACCUUAAGUUCAGACAGUGCUAAGCGUGGAGUAAGUGGAGCAGCUAUACAGACUGGCCUGUGUGACAAUGAAUUAAAGAAUGAGGUUAUGCCAGAGUCCAUCCCUUCACAAAAUAUCCCAGAUGGAGUGAGUGAGGCAGCCAUGCUGGCUGGCCUGUGCAACCAUGAAGAUAAGGAUGAGGUUAUGACAGAGUCCAUCCCUUCACAAAAUAUCCCAGAUGGAGUUAGUGAGGCAGCGAUGCUGGCUGUCCUGUGCAACCAUGAAGUUAAGGAUGAGGUUAUGUCAGAGUCUCUACCUUCACAAGAUAUCACAGAUGGAGUGAGUGAGGCAGCUAUGUCUAUCGACCUGUGCAAUCAUGAAGUUAAGGAUGAGGUCAUGUCAGAGUCUAUGCCUUCACCAAAUAUCACAGAUGGAGUGAGUGAGGCAGCUAUGCUGGCUGGCCUGUACAACCAUGAAGUUAAGAAAGAGGUUAUGUCAGAGUCUCUACCUUUACAAGAUAUCCCAGAUGGAGUGAGUGAGGCAGCCAUGCUGGCUGGCCUGUACAACCAUGAAGUUAAGAUUGAGGUUAUGCCAGAGUCCAUCCCUUCACAAAAUAUCCCAGAUGGAGUGAGUGAGGCAGCGAUGCUGGCUGGCCUAUUCAACCAUGAAGUUAAGAAUGAGGUUAUGUCAGAGUCUAUGUCUUCACAAAAUAUCCCAGAUGGAGUGAGUGAGGCAGCCAUGCUGGCUGGCCUGUGCAACUAUGAAGUUAAGAAUGAGGUUAUGUCAGAGUCCAUCCCUUCACAAAAUAUCACAGAUGGAGUGAGUGAGGCAGCCAUGCUGGCCGGCCUGUACAACGACCAUACUGUCAAGGACGAGCUUGUGUUAGGACCGGAGCACCCACAUAGGCCUGAUGUAAUACUGACGGUUCCCAGCUGGGUGUUAACGGACUGGCCUGCAUCAACCCCGCGUACUCGCGGCUUAAAACAGCUGAAAAAGUGCUCCGUCAAGCUCGAACGCCUCCAAUACCAAGCGUUCACCAACAACCAAGGAACCAAGGGCUCUUAUACUGUCAAGACUGAAGAGGUCAAAGACCUUACUUAUCAGAGAAAAGAGAGUGGCAAAAGAGAAUCUGUAUGUAGUAUUUGUGGUGCUGCGUUUGGUCUGAAAUCAGAUUUGAUGAAACAUGCCAUGACGAGACACAUAUAUAUGCCUACAGGGAAGGAGGAAGAGAGACACAGCGUCUCGAACUGUGAGAAAUUGAAGUCUUCGAUGCGUGACUGCUGGGUGAGACUCGAGGGCUGUGACACGAUUCAUCGCGAGCACGUAACUAAGAACGUAGAAUCGAGCAUACAGGAAACUGUAUCACGACAGGAUAGUGUACCGCGGCAGGAAACUGUACCCCAACAGGAAACUGUAUCACGGCAGGAUAGUGUACCACGACAGGAAAUGCACUCUGACGCUAUCCAGCUUACUAAUACAAACACAUACGCAUGCGACACAUGCGGUGAAACAUUUCAAACUGAAAUUGGCCUCAAUAGUCAUAGUAGGGUACAUCUACAAAAGGUUCCGAUAUUACCAAAUACCAAAUCAGAAUUAAACCACAAACGCAGUCCAAGAAAGAAGGCCUAUGUCUGCGAAUAUUGUAACAAAGUUUUAAAAUCUAAACGUUCCGCAUACAGACAUGAAUUAGCACACAAAGGACUGAAAUUAUACCCUUGUAAAAUAUGUAAAAAAUCGUUCGCGAGACCAGACUACAUAAGGCAGCAUAUACGGACGGCACACCGUAUUGACGAAAAAACGUGUGAUAUAUGUCAAAAGAAGUACAAGCAUUCAAAUGCUUUAAAGACCCACAAACUAUUAAUUCACACUGAGAGAAAAUCAUACUCUUGCGAAAAUUGUGGAAAGCAAUAUACAGGAUUGAGCAAUUUUAAGAGACAUAUAAAUAUUCAUAUAGCAGAACGUAAAUACCAGUGUGAAUUAUGCGAUAAGAAGUUUACUCUAAAGUCCACAUUAGAUAGACAUCAACGAGUUCACACUGGUGAGAAGCCUUACGCUUGUGAAAUCUGUAAAAAGCAGUUUUCACUGCCACAUACUUUAAAAGUUCAUAAAGUAACUCACACGGGAGAAAAACCAUAUUCGUGUCAAAUAUGUAAUAAGCAGUUUUCACAAUUGACUGGUUUACGCUCACAUAGACGUCUUCACGAGGGUGUCAAACGUUACAUUUGUGAAACCUGUUCAAAACCGUUCAUGCACUUGAGUACUUUUAAUAAACAUAAACUUAUUCACACAGGUGUGAAAAGACAUCUCUGUGGAAUAUGUGACAGACGCUUUUUGCUAUUGGAUACUUUAAAGCAACAUAUAAAAACACAUCUUGGGAUAAAACCUUACUCGUGCGAAAUAUGUAACGGGGUAUUUGCGACUUCUAAUUAUUUAAAAAUACACAAACGGAUCCACAUUGAAAAGCCUUACUGUUGUGAAAUAUGUCAAAAAUGUUUUACACAGCGGAGUACUUUAAAUAAUCAUAUAUUUGUACACACUAAACAGAAGCCGUUUUCGUGCGAUACGUGUAAGAUGGGAUUUAGUCGGAAAUAUCACUUAACCGCACAUGUAAGGACUCAUGACAUAUAAAGAUAAAACACAGAUUUAAACUUUUACGAUUUUCACUCAUUAUUAUUCACAACGACGGGACUUAAUCGCGUAAAAUUAAGUUUUAAAUUUACUUCCGAUGUUCAGUCUUCUCCGAGACCGCGGGGACAACGCCAUCCUCGAAACGUCGAUGUGCUUUUGUUUUUUUUUUAAGGGUCGGUUGCACCAAACUGUUUGUAUCGUUAAAGAGUUCGCUAAAUAUAUAUGUAUGAAAACUUUCAUAGUAAAGCGCCGGGGCGCGCCGGCUGACGUUGAUCAGUCUGUCAAAUGUUGUUGGUGCAACUUGCACUAAGUAGUCACUAUAUAAAAAUGUGUAAGUAAUAAAACUAAUAAAGAAAUUCUUGAUUUUUUC